GUUACAGUUCCACCAUGUUGCUGACCGUGGAGAGUUCAGUGAUACAGAAUCCGGCAUAACCUUGGGCUUCCAGUUGCAGAUGAUAGACAUGCUGACAUAAGCGAGGCUGCGGAAGGCUGUAGCUGCCGCCCACAUUUGUGAUCAGAAGCGACGUCAUUUGCUGUCAUUGAACAACUUCCAGUGCCGCAUCUCCGCAAUUCAGUUCGGACAGUAUUGACAUCGCAGUGAACAGUUCAAUGUUUCAAUGUCAUGACCACAGCACAGUGACAAAUUGUCUCUUGGUACAGACAUCAACUGACCCGGCAGCGCCGUGCUAUGCUUAAAGUCCUUUCAUUGUCCUGCCGACCAGCUGCCCAAAGAGUCCGCGUCCCCUAUCUAUCCUGGCGCCCUUCCUCUUCCCUUCCACGGUCCCAAUCCCCUCUGAGUCGGUUCCGGAUCUUUCCACAACCCAAACUUGAACUCCGGCUCUACAAUAGUACACCCGCAAGAAUGAGCUCGGUAGAUACAUCUCUACAUCCGCACACGAGCGGCCGGGCUGCCGAGUUCGCCAAAGCGCACUCAGCACCCAACGAACUCAUCCUCUAUGGCGGCUGGUUCUGCCCAUUCGUGCAACGCAGCUGGAUCACACUGCACGAAAAGAACAUUCCCCACCAAUACAUUGAGAUCAACCCAUACGAGAAAGACCCGGAAUUUUUGAAGCUGAACCCAAGAGGCCUUGUGCCCACGCUCGCCGUGCCCGUAACAAAAAACAAGAACAAGAUACAGAAACCACUGUACGAAAGCGUCGUCAUCUGCGAAUACCUGGACGAAGUCUAUAACGACCCGGCCAAAAAUGGACCGUCACUAUUGCCAGCCGACGACGCAUACGAGCGAGCCCGCUGUCGCAUCUGGAUCGACCACAUCAGCGGCCGCAUCGUGCCUGCGUUCUACCGGUUCAUGCAGCAUUCCGAUUCCAAGCCGUACACACUGGACGAGGCGCGCGCCGAGUUCUUGCAUCAUAUCAAGACUUUUGUCGCUGAAGCGGAUCCGGAGGGACCGUUCUUUUUGGGCGACCAGUUCGGCAUGGUCGACAUUAUGCUCGCCCCCUGGCUGUGCAGGUUGUUUCUUUUUGACGUGUAUAAAGGCGGUUUGGGCAUUCCGGAGGAAGGAAAAGGUGGCCAGGAUGAACAUAUUUGGCAGCGCUGGAGGAAGUGGGCCAAAGCGGUCGAGGCUAGGCAGAGUGUACAGGACACUCUUAGUGAGCGGAAGCAGUAUAUUGAUGCUUAUAGGCGCUAUGCUGAGGAUACUACCCAGAGUCAAGUUGCGCAGGCGACGAGGGCGGGGAGACGUUUGCCAUGAUGAGAUCUUUACAUUAUUGUACCACGUUUUUCGACCAAGGGACAAAAUGGAGGGUGAAAACAAAAUCCGGAGCUACUAGUAGCUAUUUGGUGGGUAUGCAGUGGCACAUGUGUAAUCACGACUUGCUUUCAAGGAUGGAUUCUGUCCUCUAAAAUACCUUUUCAGUGCUUACGUCUAGUCCUGUUAGGUUAUUGUGCUUUUAGUCGGGUCGAGGCUCAUGCUCAUAAUCGUUGACCCA